UAAGUCCUCCGAUGAAGGUAGGCGUGUUAAGUGAACUGAACGGGACAGCUCUACAGAGAAAGACUCGCCGAGACCGAGAAACACAAACCCGCUUCUGUUGACACCCUUGGGGGGGGACAUCUCAACAUCAAGAAUACGGCAUUGAGGUUGCAUGCAGAGUAUAUUAUAGUAUGAAACAUCAUUUGGAUCUGAGUGUGUUUCCUACUGCACAACCAGGGUUUUAACAGACACUCGUUCGCUCUGUAAUUGACAAUUCCAUUACCUUUUUAUGUAGUAUUUUCUAAACCUGGAAUGACCUGUUCUUACUGGAUUGUUUGAUGGGGCUUCUAAGAAUCAUGAUACCGCCCAAGUUUCAGCUUCUGGCGCUGUUGGCAUUCGCAGUGGCCAUGUUCUUCUUGGAGAACCAAAUCCAGAAGCUGGAGGAGUCUCGGGGAAAGCUAGAGCGGGCCAUCGCGAGGCACGAGGUGCGUGAGAUCGAGCAGCGGCACACACAGGAUGGCCUACGGGAGCGGGAGGCCCCCUCGGUGGCCGACAGCGAGGACGUGGUGGUUAUCUACAACCGCGUACCCAAGACGGCCAGUACCUCCUUCACCAACAUCGCCUACGACCUGUGUGGCAAGAACCACUACCACGUGCUGCACAUCAACACCACCAAGAACAACCCGGUCAUGUCCAUGCAGGAUCAGGUGCGGUUUGUGAAAAACGUGACAGAGUGGAGGGAGAUGAAGCCGGCGUUCUACCACGGUCACGUUUCUUUCCUGGACUUUACAAAGUUUGGAGUAAAGAAGAAGCCCGUCUACAUCAAUGUGAUCCGCGACCCCAUCGAGCGCCUGGUGUCCUACUACUACUUCCUGCGUUUUGGGGACGACUACCGGCCCGGCCUGCGGCGCCGGAAACAGGGGGAUAAGAAGACCUUUGAUGAGUGUGUGUCGGCGGGAGGCUCAGACUGCGCCCCGGAAAAGCUGUGGCUGCAGAUCCCCUUCUUCUGUGGUCACUACUCUGAGUGCUGGAACGUGGGCAGUCACUGGGCCCUGGAGCAGGCCAAGUAUAACCUGGUCAAUGAGUACCUGCUGGUGGGGGUGACAGAGGAACUGGAGGACUUUGUUAUGAUGCUGGAGGCGGCGCUGCCACGCUUCUUCAGGGGCGCCACAGAGCUCUACAGAACAGGGAAGAAAUCCCAUCUGAGGAAGACAAGUGAGAAGAAGCCGCCGACCAAGGAGUCCAUCGCCAAGCUGCAGCAGUCGGCCAUCUGGAAGAUGGAGAACGAGUUCUACGAGUUUGCCCUGGAGCAGUUCCAAUUUGUCCGGGCUCACGCCGUCCGGGAGAAGGACGGGGAACUCUACCUGCUGGCCCAGAACUUCUUCUACGAGAAGAUCUACCCCAAAACGAACUAACUAAUGCACAUGGAAGAUGGACCAUUCAUCUAGGCUUCAUCCCGUAGUCACAUACACUGGACAGAGGAGAAGAGGAAGACUAAUAUAAUCAGUGGGUCUGUGGAACUGUCUGUGUUGGACGUUAGUCAGCAGUCUCUGAAUGUCGCCCACUUAACUAACUGACUCCUCCUCGUCUCCAUAGUAGCCGACAGAACUAGGAAGUGGCCUCUUCCUGGUGCGAGAUCAUGCCAAUAGGUCAUGUUCCCACCAGCAUCCCAGGUCCAGGACUCCCUUUAUUCUUCCAGGUGAAAGGUCACAGGAGUGGUAUGCUCGACGGACACAUGACAGGAGACGAGUCUACUUGGCAGCUGCCCAUGUUCUCUUUCUUCUGAUCACAUGAUUUAUAUUUUCCGUCCAGGGGGAGGGGUUUUAUUGGCUGUGUUCCGUUUGGUUUCGUUUUUGUGGUUUAUUCUACUUUACUAUCAUCGUCUAUGGGAACAUUGUCGACCCUGUUUUAUACGUUAAGAGGGUGUAAUUUUUUAUGUUGUAACCCUCCCACUAAUAAGAUAAAAGUUGACUACUAUGUUAUCUUGGAGUUUACCUAUAUGAACUGCAGACAUUUUUCCAAAAUCUAAAUCAUGUGACCUCCAUAGACUUGAGUGACAGAUGCACCCUGUUCACUACUGUGGUACUACUAUUCAGUGUUUGAUACUAUACUAUACUUAUUUAGUUGUUUUCUGACUCUUUCACCCGGUUGGAAUAUUGCUAGGAGGAAUGUGAAGUGUUUGCACAUGAUUUAAUUAAACUAUGGAAGAAGACAGACAACUGACCAUUUAGCUGCUGUACAUAAUACUAAUUUCAAUCUGGAUCAAACAGUUAAUCUAUAUCAAGAGGACUUACUAUUAAUACCUUAUUUCAGCUCUGGUAUAACACAUUUAGUUAAUGAGCCAUUUAUAGAUUUUUCUCUCAACUUUUGUUAUUUUCUCUAUAUUGGCAAGACACCAUUUAAUUUUUGUGCUUUUACUGUCAUAACCCAAAGAUCUCCCAAAUCUGUUGUUUUACUGCUUUAAACUCAUGAACUUGCUGAAUUUCUUGACACGAUAUUUGAUGACUGAAUUUAGAUGUUAUUUUGCUAUUCCCCUUAGGAUCAUAACUUGCAACCCAUUUUCAUUCAAUGUGUAUGGUUAUUAUGUAAGACUAUAACCUAACCUAACCCAUGCGUGCACUGCUAACUGCUGACACUGCUAAUGACAAUUUCGGUUCAUCUAUUGAUGGCCUGCUAAUACAGACACUGAUCAGAUCAUCUCUGUGACUCAGCCCAGCAACAGUGACUGCAGUGCUGGAGCACUAGAACAGCCUACAACAGUGUUGUGAAGAAGUGACUUUCCCAACUAAUCAGGCCCCAUCCCAGACGUUGAGGCAGCAGAAGUACUAAAAGCAAAGGGAUUUUGUUCACAGGGACUAUAAAAGAGAGGUCGACUCCCCGAGGGGAGUUGUAAUGUUGGCAUGGUAGGCAGGCAGUAAAAACCAAACAUUGAGAUCAUGUCAGACACAUUGCUUGUGUUCUCAUGUCAUUAAAGAGGCACUUCACCAUGUGACAUCAGGAGUCAUUUUCUUAGUCAUCUUCUUUUUUUACUACAGAACGCUGUUACUGUACUGUGCUAGAGGUAAUGAAUAUUUGAGGUUCAAAAGUAGUGAAGCGUCCCUUUUUAAGGUCUGUUAAACAGAAAGUAUUGUAGUUUUUGUUACAUGGCAUAUUGUGUAUUCCUCCCUAGACACCCCAAAACAUUCUCUCCCUCUCUCUGUUGCAGAUUUAUCUGCUGGAAUGUCAACCUCACAAUGUUUUUGUUAUUCUAUCGUUCUCAUGUUUUUAUUGUUUAUAUAUAUCACACACACAUUUAAAAACUGAAAUGCCCAUGACUGA